AUGCUUCGACGAACGUUGGCGACAGCAAUGAGAAAUGGUUUCAAGUUUCAUCCCGAUUAUAAAUUCAAAUGUGGUCUUGAAAUCCACACCCAAUUAAAGACCAAGUACAAACUCUUUUCGUUAUCUAAAACUAGCUUCAAUGCUCCUUGCAACACAGAGAUCAGCUAUUUGGAUGUUGGACUACCGGGCUCUCAACCAACUUUGAAUCCGGAGGCGUUGUAUCUUGCCUUGAGAGCUGCCGUUGCCUUGAAUUGCAAAGUUCAGCCCGUGUCAAGAUUCGACAGAAAACACUAUUUUUAUCCAGACCAGCCGCUCGGGUAUCAGAUCACGCAAAAUUUCCACCCUCUAGCCAAGGAUGGGUAUUUGGAGCUAUCCGAGCUUGAUAGCGCCACGGGAAAGAUCCGAAUCGAGAAAAUACAGCUUGAGCAAGACACGGGCAAGAAACAUGGAGACAUUAUAGACUACAACAGAGCAGACACCCCGUUGAUUGAGGUGGUGACGAAGCCCGAUUUCGAGACAAUCGAGCAGGUUUUGGCAUUUGUCAAGAAAUAUCAGUUGCUCGUGAGGCAUUUCGAUAUAUGCAGUGGCGACUUAGAAACCGGUGCCAUCCGUGUCGAUGUCAACGUUAAUGUGAAUUCGAGCCCCAGAGUCGAGAUUAAAAACUUGUCAACUACUGGUGACAUUCUCGAUGCUUUGAAAUAUGAAUACAAUCGACAAGUUGGCGUUCUCCAAAGCGGAGGCGAACUUGAACAGCAGACUAGAAGCUGGGAUGGGUUCGCUACACACUUGUCGAGAAGCAAAGAGAAUGCCGUGGAUUACAGGUACGUUCCUGACUCCGAAUUACCCAAGAUAUACUUGGCUGAGGACAUUGCCCAAGAAAUUGCAUCCAUCAUGCCACAGGGCCCGGAUGAAGUUUUAAACAAGUUGACUCAGAAGCCUCACCUGUUGCAGCUCGCACAUGCACGGAAUUUGUUGAUUGAGCCGCAAAUGCUAAAGUAUUACGAGUCAUUUUUUGACAGUUAUAGCCAGGCCGACGCCAAAAAAUGGAUGUUUCAAGAGCUACUAGCUGGAUUCUCAAAAGAAGCAAAAGAGUUUGACCCUGAAGUUGUUAAGCCGGAGGCAUUGGCCGAGCUCGCGAACCUGGAUCUACUGCAUGUCUCCAAAAGGCUCGCGUUACGGCACAUGAUCCAGCAUGGCGUUAGCUUUGACAAAGCUCAAGCCCACUUGAACCUCUCAAAUUCAAGCGACGUGGAUGCUGUGCCGGUGGAUGAACUAUGCGCGCAAAUAAUCGAAGCUAACCACGAAGUCGUUGAAAGAAUACAAGCUGGACACAAAAACGCCAUUGAGGUUCUUGUUGGAAAGGCAAUGAAGAGUACAAGGGGACAAGUUCAAGCAAGCAUAUUUAGAGAGAAAUUUAUAGAGUUGUUGUUGUAG